AUGGCUGGCAACCAGCCAACUCUUCUUGAGUACGCCAGAUUCUACAAUGUCGCAGAGGAGUCCACUCGAUAUUGUCCGAUUAAUUAUGCAGACGACACUUGUGAGCCAACAAGCCCCAUUCCUCCUGUUGAGGGUCUCGAACCCGAACAUCCAGAAGAACGCCUCAAAGAAGUCGACAGGCGCUUCUGCACGGAACUCAUGAUGGAGAAGCUCGAAACUAAGCCUGAGGACAUGGAGGUGCUGAGCGGAUGUCUCCAGCUCGAUACUGUCAAGGGAAAUAUCUGGCGUGGCAUCCUGCCUGAAGUGACAACAUACGACUCCAAAGGCGAGCCCCUUCUCCUCACAGCCGAGGAUGAGAGAAUGGUCACGUCGUCCGAGUUUCACUCCACCUUCGCUCAGAGUCCGGCGCCGUCUUCGCCUACCCCUUCAGUUCGUCUGGUUGUUCCUAGUGGUCCUGAUGUUCCUGUUGUUCCUAUGAACACGCGGGAUGUCUUUGAUCAAUACAAUUCGGGAAUGUCCCAGUCAAACAGUGGUGACGGUUUUACUACGCCUGGCAAUGUGCCUGACCAGUCCUCGAAUAUUCCUACGACAUCCCAUCUUGCAGGAGACGCUUUGCCCCCCAUCGUGGACCCGUCGGGGACCGUGCAUCAGUUUGUCAGUAUUGAGUCUGACCCUGUUGGCUCUACUCAAGAUCAGGAGAGCGAGGCUUAUGCUCCAAGUGUACCGAGCUCUGAGCAUCCCACCGAAAGUGAAUUCAGUCCAUAUGAUUUUGAUAACACCGCGUCCACACCUCCAUUAUUCGAAGUCAGUCCGCACAGCAGAUCGCAACCCACCUUCCCCAUUGUUUCUCCCAAUCUGACCAAAGAAAAAGGUUUCUCCGUUGGCAGGGUUGACAGCCAGAAAGCGCAAACACCCAGAGAUUUGAAAGGAAAAAGAGGAACGAAGGCUUUUUUGGAGCCCGUGGCGGAUACAGGAAUACAUUGUGAACAGAAGGGAAUCGUGGCCGCUUCUCUCAGUACGCUUCAUGAAGGCGUUCUUGUGACGAAGGGAUGUUCGAGUUCUUCAAUAACUCGGCCAGCAAACGAUCAAAAUAUCACGCAGUUAGCACGAAAUUCGCAAAAUGCAAACGAUAACCAUAUUUCCUUCAAAACUCCUUACGAGCAAAACCUCAAUACUAUGAUCACACAAGCUUCCUCGUCGAUGGACAAGAGAGACUCUUGCAUCGCUCAGCAGGAGCUGUUUCGCAUGAAAUUGGGCUACACUUCACAUUCCACAGGAUUCAGAAUGGACCAUUUCAAGCCUUCACAUCCUGUUGCUUCCAUAGAUUAUACAGAGACCCCAAAAUCAUCCAAAGCAGUCUCUGCUGGCCUCGGAUCUCUAUCCCUGUUUAUGCAAACAAGAGGCAGUGAUGGAGGAUAUGUUAGCUCGUCGCAUGAUCCAUCAUCGCUCUCCCUAUCAGCAUCCACAAGAAGUGGACAAGGCGAGUUCUCAAAUGUCCCUUCACUCGUAGGUGACAGUUCCUCAGACCCUGAUGAGAAACCCUCAGGUCUUUCUCGCUCGCCGAGCCCUGCCUUCUCCAUGCAGGAAAUGGUGACGCGAUCGGCAUUCGACCCGCCACCAGUCUUCUUCUUGUCUACCACCCUCCUAACAACUCACCCGUCGGUCGUACGAGAUAUGGAGGGGUGGCCAGAUAACCCACCCAAAUUGAUCUACAGGGAAUAUGGGGACACUUCCUCGGAUCCCCGGUACAAAUGUGAUGCGGAAAUCAUUCUGGCACCUGAUACCGGGCUUAUUCUGACAACCCCUCACGAGCUGACCCAGCGGUAUCUUCCCGGGCAUGGUCCAAGGGAUGCAAGGCUCAAUGGAAUCCAGGGAAUUACGUCCCCGCUCAGGGAAAAGAUUUUCCGCCUCAUGCAUCGAUAUGCGCUUCUGGUUGUUCUCAUCUGCAAACCUGACAGAGCAGACGUCAGCAGACUUGCGAAUGCCUGUCUGGUAAGGGAAAUCAGCUCGCUCGCUGAGUUUUGUGACGCCCAAAACGAGGGAUUGUCCACGACAUUACUGAUACCGAUCCCGAACCACUCGUUAUACAUUGUAUUGUGGUGUUUCGGCAUGGGAAGACUUCGAUACCAAUUGUUUCCCCCUGGAAUGAUAGAAAACAUCACAGAAGGAGAGUCAGAAUAUGAGGUCGCUCUCCGUGACCUGGGAUUUAAUCCUUUCGCGGCACGCCUCAUUUUGGAUGACAUUCGCGUUGGUGGUUUCAACCAAUAUACUGAUUUCAAAUUAGAUCCAGUCCCCCUGCCCUCUCAUGAGACGGUUGCCAGCGCUAGCACAGACUCAAGAGCUUUCGAUAUGUUUAUGAAUAUGAGAUCCUAUUUCCGGAAUAUGGAAUACGGAUCACUCGUUGGCGAGGGGGUUAUGUACAGGGUAUCGGAGGUGAUCGAAUCAAUGGUCCAUUCGAGCUCCGAUGAGAAUGAGAAUGACGGUGAGGAUGUUUAUGGUACUCAGAUUAACCGUGGUUAG